UUCAAUUUCUAAUAGAGGUAUCCGGGGACCUAUGGAUAGAUUUAUGGUGAAAGGGAAUGCCAGUGGUGAUGAAACAACCAUUAUUACACCACCUCAAAAUGUAAAGGAAUUACGUCAACAAGUUUGUUUAGAUGUUGGGAGGUUUUUCUAUGAAAAUGCAAUACCGUUCAAUGUGGUAAGGAAUCCUUCAUUUGUGAGCAUGUUUCGGUCAGUUGGUGCAUAUGGUCGAGGAUUUAAGCCUCCUAGCAUGUACGAGUUUAGGACGUGGAUUUGAAGGAAGAAUUUAAGACAACCGAAGGAUUUGUUAAUGAUAUUAAGAGUACAUGGCCAUUAACUAGAGUUUCAAUCAUGUUUGAUGAUUGGCAAGAUGUUAGACAUAGGAGUCUAAUUAAUUUCCUUGUUAAUAAUCCUAGUGGCACAGUUUUUCUAAAAUAUGUUGAUGCUUCUGAACAUGUUAAGGAUGCUAAAUUGUUGUUUCGGUUGCUUGAUAAAGUUGUUGAGAAAGUUGGAGAAGAACUUGUGGUUCAAGUGAUCACUGAUAAUGCAAGCAACUACCGUGCAACGGGGUUAAUGCUUAUGGAGAAGAGAAAGCAUUUAUACUGGACUCCAUGUGCUGCACAUUGUCUUGAUCUAAUGCUAGAGAAGAUUGGAGAGUUGUCACAACACAAAAAUGCUUUGAUCAAGGCAAAGAAAGUGAGCUUGAACUUGAACUUGAUGAGACAAUUCACGAAUAUAGAGCUUAUUAGGUCGGUUGCCACUAGAUUUUCCACUGCAUAUUUGACGUUGCAAAGCAUUUAUCAGGUGAGGCAACCAUUGGAAUUUGGAAGUUAUGUUCACUUAUGAAAAGUGGACAAACAGAAGUUAUGCAAGCGAAGCUGAUGGGAAGGAAGUUAGAAAAAUAAUGUUGAAGGAUUAACAACUUUUGGCCUAGUUUGAUUUAUGAUAUCAAGACCACAAAACUAUUGGUUGAAAUGUUGAGGCUAGUAGAUAGAGACAAAGAGCCUGCUAUGGGUUUUCUUUAUAAUGCUAUGGAUGAGGCUAAAGAAAAGAUAGCAAAAAACUUGGGUGGAGAAGAAAAAGAUUACAAGGAGAUAUGGGGAGAUCAUUGAUGAAAAAUAGGAUUUUCAUAUGCACUGAUAUUUGCAUGCAACUGCCUACUAUCUAAAUCUCCGUUGCCAUUAUUCUCCUGAUUUUUCUACACA